AUGGAUUAUCCAUCGUGGUCCUCUUUGCAUGCUUCAACAUUCAUCAUAGUGGCAAUUCCCAUUUUCUUAUUGUUUUGCAUGCCAUUUUGUGCUCAUGCCCUUGAUGCACAAACGGUCGCUGACUCUCCUUUGUUAACACAAAAGUUGGGAAUUAAUCGCACUAUCAAAGUAGAUAUCAAUGGUGAUGGAGAGUUCGCAUCUAUACAAGCUGCCAUUGAUUCCAUUCCCGAAGGAAAUUCUAAUUGGAUCAUCGUCCAUGUUAGGAAAGGAGUAUACAGAGAAAAGGUGCACAUACCAAAGACUAAGCCCUUUAUAUUCUUGAGAGGGAAUGGAAGAGGAAAAACUGCCAUAGUUUGGUCUCAAAGCUCUUCUGACAACAAGGCUUCUGCUACCUUCAAAGCCGAAGCCUCUGACUUCAUUGCCUUUGGAAUAAGCAUCAAGAACGAGGCACCUACAGGGGUUGCCUAUACCUCGCAGAAUCAAUCGGUGGCAGCUUUUGUGGCAGCAGACAAAGUGGCAUUUUAUCACUGUGCAUUUUACAGUACUCAUAACACACUCUUCGAUUACAAGGGUAGACAUUACUAUGAGUCCUGCUACAUUCAAGGCUCAAUUGAUUUCAUAUUUGGACGUGGAAGAUCGGUCUUCCAUAGCUGUGAGAUAUUUGUGAUUGAUGACAAAAGGAUAAGCAUUCAUGGGUCAGUCACAGCUCAAAACAGGGAAAGCGAACCUGAGAUUAGUGGCUUUAUUUUUAUCAAAGGCAAGGUUUAUGGGGUUGGUGGGGUGUACUUAGGAAGGGCCAAGGGUCCUUAUUCUAGGGUCAUUUUUGCCCAGACAUAUCUCUCCAAGACCAUUGUCCCGGAGGGGUGGACCAAUUGGAGCUAUGCUGGUAGCACACAAAAUCUUUACCAUGCUGAGUACAAGUGCCAUGGACCUGGAGCCAUUACGGAGGGACGCGCUUCUUGGUCAAGGCAGCUAUCAGACGAGGAAGCUGCACCCUUUUUAUCUAUUGAUUACAUUGAUGGCAAGAAUUGGUUGCCAGUAUGGCUAUGA